GAAACGGCAGGUGGAGGCACGAUGGGCAACGUGGUGGAACCGGUGCACCCUGCUGAAGGCGCAUCGGUGUCUCGGCGCGGUUCUGCGUCGUCGUUCAUGAUUGCCUCAAAACUCAAGCGUCAUCCAUCAGCAGCACCGGAGUGCAUCUUGUUUGUCGGGUUGGAUGGGAGUGGCAAGACGAACCUUCUUCAGGGGCUCGCAACAGUGUGCACGCCAGCGACCCCGGUGCCACAAGAGCAGCACGUAUGGGCGACCCCGAACCCCCUGCCCAGCCGAUUUCCUGUCGUCAAGUCGAUCGUAUUGCAAGGCCGCGAAGUAAAGCUACUGGCUGUUCCAGGCAGUCGGAACCUGCGCUACCUGUGGUACACCAGCUUGACCAAGGGCGAGAUAAGCGCCGUUUGCUUUUGUGUGGACAUCAGCGAUACAAUCCGAUUUCCUCUUGUGGCUCUUGAGCUCGAGCGCUUGCACGAAUUCCAACAAACUAGCAAACUUGCCACGUCCUGGAUCCUCUUCACAAAGAGCGACUGCAUUCAAGUCGCGAAGGGCACUGCCGUCGAGACGUACGAGCUGCUGAAAAAAAUGUGCGCUCAAUUGACAAAGGCCCCGUGCAAUUGGGCGUUUAGUCUGAUGCCGCUGGCAAAUUCCAACUUGGAGGGGAGUCUCAUCGAGGUGAAAAAGUGGAUCCAAGAAGCCCUGCCUCCGAAACCAUAGCCCACGUCUUCUACGGCACGCGCAUGGAUGAAAUGUGUUGAACUACUACGAUUGCGUUCUCAUGUCAAUAUCAAAGUUGCAAGGCACAGGGGGACUGUAUGAAUGCAGCGCGAUUCAACUCUGCGGGAACUCUCAUUAUUGUAUGUCCCCAUGCACUCGGAUGCAGUAAGUGUAGCAUCGAAGUCACCCAUUUCAACGAUGCGAAAUUGCGA